CUUGAUAAGAUACAAUACUUCUUAAUCUUGGCCUAUCUCCUCGUCAUGCCGUCACUCUGCACCCAAUGCACAACUGAAACUUCAGUUCUACAACAAGAAGUGCUUACCUCCUACACAUGGAAUAUUUCUACUAGUGAUUCGUAUUUUGUGGAUGCAGUCGGGUCUUCAGAUGCAACGUAUUGGAUAGCUAAGUCAGGGGAUUAUGUAGCAGAUAUAAUCAGAGAAAAUUCAGAUGGAAGCAUCCCCUGGAUGAGACGGCUUAAUGAUGGUCAGCAAGUUGCCCCUCAUGCUCAUGCAUUGAACAAUGCAGGCACUAUCCUAUGGCUAGUAGAUCAACAUGCGCUUUUCAAUGGGAUUGAAGUCAUGAAAAUGGAUACCUCCGACGGGAGCACUAUUAUCUAUCAUAAUAGGCAAGUCUUAAAUAUUUGCUUUCUCAAUUUUUUCAAAAACCUAGGUCUAAUUUUUGUAAAACAAAUCGCAUGGCAAUAG